AUGAAAUAUUUAAUAAUAAUAUCAUGUGUACUGAUACUCAAUGCAGUGGGCUUAAAGAUUGGAAACAAAGAGUCUAAUUUAAGAAAUGAAGAUGAAGGAACAGAGAUUGAGGAAGAUCCACCAAUCUAUGAUCUAAAGGAAGCUCCCAAAUUGUUCGAAAAAUUUGUUAAGGACUACAACAAACAAUAUGACAACGAUGAAGAUUACAAUAAACAUUACAAAAACUUUGUUUCAAACUUGGAAUACAUAAAUGAAGUCAAUUCUCAGGGACGAUCUUAUUCCGUGGACAUCACCAUGUUUGCUGAUGAUGACGAAUCUGAACUUGAAGUAUUCACAGGAGGCUUCGACGAGUGA